UGCAAAUAUUGGUGCAUGCUGAGAAACGUUUUCGUGCACAGUGUGAAUACUGUGCCGCCCUACAGAACCAGUCGGACGACAUGGGACCAUUUACUGCAGAUGCCACAUCCCGGAGUGCGAGGACAACAGCACGCUGGUGGGCCCCGUGGGCGCGGAGGCGUGGGCGCCGACGUGGGCGCCGUGGGCGCUGGCGGAGGACUCGCCCGAGUGCCACCGGCGCGCGGCGCGGGGCGGCGAGUGCGCGGCGCACGCCUUCGACAACGACACGCGGCUGGAGUGCGACGACUUCGUGUACCAGCACCACAGCAGCAUCAUGGCGGAGUUUGGGCUCGCCUGUCAGGAGUGGAAGCGCACGUUGGUGGGCACCAUCCACAACGUGGGCAUGCUGGUGUCGCUGCCCAUCAUGGGCUACGUCUCCGACAAAUGGGGCCGGCGCGCGGCGCUGGUGACGAGCGGCGCGGGCGCGGGCGUGCUCGGCCUGUGCAAGUCCUUCGCUGGCUCCUACCCCGCCUACCUCGCCGCCGAGUUCCUGGAGACGGUGCUGGGCGCCAGCGUGUACCCCGCCGCCUUCGUGUUGAUGAUCGAGUGGCUGGGCGUGGAGCACCGCAUCCUGGCCAGCCUGCUGCUGGGCGUGCCGCUGGCGGCCGGCGCCGCGUCGCUGGCGCUGCUGGACUACGUGGCGGGCUACUGGCGCACGUGGGCGCGCUUCGCCUACCCGCCCUCCUUCCUGCUGCUGCUGUACCCCUGGCUGCUGCCCGAGAGCAUCCGCUGGCUGGUGGCGGGCGGCCGGCUGCCCGAGGCCGUCCGCGUCAUCAAGCAGGCCGCCAAGGCCAACCGCGUCUCCGUGCCCGAGGACGCGCUCGACAAGAUGCUGGCGAAGGACCAGGUCACCACCAAGGUCGAGGCCAUCGUCGAGGAGGAGAGCCUGUUCACGGCGUUCGUCAAGUACGGCGCGCUGCGGCGGCGGCUGCUGGUGUGCUUCUGCUGGUGGGCGAGCGCCGUGUUCGUGUUCUACGGGCUGGCCGUGCGCGCGCACGCGCUGGCGGGCUCGGCGCACGCCAACUACGCGCUGCUGGCGGCGGCCGAGCUGCCCGCGCUGCUGCUCAACACGCUGCUGCUGGACCGCGUGGGGCGGCGCCCGCUGCUCACCGCCGCGCUGCUGCUCACCGCCGUCGCGCUCAUCGCCAUCCCCUGCCUGCCCGAAGACGAGAGCGUGGCGGGCACGGCGCUGUUCCUGGCCGGCAAGAUGGGCGCCACCAUGACGCUGAACGCGCUGUACGUGUACACGGCCGAGCUGUUCCCCACGCGCGCGCGCCAGCGCCUGCUGGCCGCCUGCUCCACCUGCGGCCGCCUCGGCGCCAUCCUCGCGCCGCAGACGCCGCUGCUGGCGGCUUACGGAGCGUGGGUGCCGACCACUCUGCUGGGCGCGCUGCCGCUGGCCAGCGCGGCGCUGACGCGGCUGGUGCCCGACACGCUGGGCCGGCGCCUGCCCGACUCCUUCGCGGACCUGGACAACUCCGCCGCCACCACCGACACCGACAUCCCGUAGGCGACGCCGUGCCCCUGGAGCUGGCGGGGACUUGCGCCUCACGUACGCCAAGUUCUAGCCUCAAAGGCCUGACGAUGACGCGAGUGCAGUGCCGUUUCCCUAUUCGAAAAUUGCUCAACGUGCCUGACGUAGUUUCAACUUGGACUGCUCUUACUUAUUAUGCUGUAGCUAGCGGGAACGACUUAUUAACUUUAGCGAGCUCUCUUUUUCAGCUCUCUAUAUUAGUGUUAGCCCGGCGCAGGCACAACUCCGAGCACCCCCCGCUGUAGGCCGCCACGGAUCUAUGGAUCUCAACCCGUAGCUGUAGGUAGCGUCGACUCGAGCAGUGCGUUGCGAGAGCCUUCGGUUUUAGUUAUUAUUUGUGUUGUAAGAAUAACAUAGCUUUAAUUUUUUUGAUAUUGCAAAAUUUGUUACCGACAAUUUUGAUAUAAAAUAUCCACCCCUAUUACCCCUGUGGUUUUGGGUGCUGCAGCCAUCAGGGCUGUGGUCCCGCGUGGUGCACGCAGUGGUGGUUGUGGUUCUGGUUGCUGAACUCACUGUCUGACAGAGGUGUCAGAGCCCCAAACACCCACACAUAAGCCGUUUUUGGAGCCUUCGUAGCUAUAAGUUAUUGCUUUAAAUCUUAAUUAUAUUGAAGAAAAUGUUAUUAGGUAGGAGGUAGAAAAUUAAAGUAAAACGAGUAAUCCCCGAGGCCUCCCAUGGAAGCUCUCUCAUGAAAAAUCGGCUCAAAACCGAACAAAGUAGGCUAGAUUAUAACGGAAAGCGGCUCCACCUAGUGGGGCAAUGCUUAGUCGAAGGAGACGAAGUACAAUGUAUUUAUAACGUUUAAAGUUUUUAUUAGAUAAUAAAAAGAUUUGACAUCUACCUUGUCGAUACGUCGCAGCCAGUCCAGUUAGAUUAGCUAGCUAAUUGCACGCCUCGACCGUCUGUUAAAAACCGGCAAUCGGCAUCCAAUCAAAUAGUUAAAGGCUGAUAGUUAAUUGAACUAGAAUCACUCCACGUUAAACAACCUGACGUAUUAAGAAGUCGGUUAAAAAUCAGCCCUUUGAAAAUGCUUCAGUCUUCACGCUUCGCUAUUAGCUUUCUGGCGAUCCCAUUCGUCUCUCAUGCGUCGUCCCAUAAUAUUGUGUAGCAUUUCCGCGCCCUUAGCCCAGGCUUCCUUGCUGUCCAACAUAUAUGGCAUUAGGUUUGCUUUUCUCAAGGGUACCAUCUAACUCCACCUUAACUAAUCAAAAUCAAAAAUUCAUCCCAACGAUUUAUCAAUAUUUUCCAUUAAAUUCAACUUUACUGUAUGGGGCUGAGAUGUGGACUUUGAAAUCUGCUGACCGCAAACGUAUUGACGUGUUUGUAACGCGGUGCUAGAGGAUGGUGCUCCAGAUCCCAUGGACUGCAUUUCAGAGCAACGCAUCUAUAUUUCCCCAACUCAGAGUCAAAACUCACACACGUUGCCAGGAAACGGACGGAGAUAAUCUCGACAAUCUGAUAGUCGCUGGCAAAGUGGAAGGUAAGCGGUCGCAGCGAUGUGUUAGUCUGAUCAGAUCUGCACCAUGCUUGACUUGACCGAUUACAAUGCGCUCUGGGUGACCGACGAUAGGACAAGACGGCGUGACACCGUGAAACACGAAAUUAUGGAUGGAAGUGGUCACGAGUGUGAAGAACACGACUUAAGGAGGAGAAUCUGUCAAUAACUAAACAAGCGACUCUCGGGCUUCUUAAUUGACGUUGACGUACACUAGCCAUUUCAUUGAAUGCCGGCAUUGAAGUCUAGGCGUCCUAUGAGCUUGCCAAUACAACCAGAUGGUUGUGACCCAUACAUAUCCACUCAAUCCGUUCUUUAUGUUGUAUUUAUAUAUGUAUUUAGAUUAGCCUAUUACUUAAUUUAAGUUUUCAACCAUAAUAUUAAAGACCAGACAUUUUCUCAACCAAUGCACUGGACGUUUGAUUUGACAAAAUAUUGUUAUAUAAUUGAUAAUUACAAUAAAUUGAUUUUCUAAUUCAUAAAAUUAACACGUAAGUAUAGAUUUCGUAAUUUUGUAAGACAAAGUUAGAAGUAAGGUUGGUAACAUGUCUAAAGUGACAAUAAACAAUUUUGACACGAUCGCAAUAUUUGCUCA